AUGAUACACUGUCAGGUAAAAAGUAGAAAGGGUGAUAUAGAUUGUUUUCUCACUGUAGUGUAUGGAUACAACGGGCUGGAACAAAGAAGAUCUCUUUGGGAUAAUCUACAACUACUAUCAUUAAGCAUAGCGGUACCAUGGUUAAUAGCUGGAGAUUUCAAUACAGUACUAUACCCCAAUGAUAGAUUAUCUUGUAAUCCAGCAAGCUACUCAGAAAUUCAAGAGUUUGCUGCCUGCCUCCAACAUAUAACAUUGACAGAACUACUUUGGAAGGGUGACUAUUAUAUUUGGUCUAAUAAGCAGCCUGAAGUAGACAGAGUCAGCAACAGAUUGGAUAGAGUUUUUGGCAAUUACGAAUGGAUGAUGUCCUGGGGUCGUGUGGAAACUAAUUAUGGAUUGCCUCAAAUUUCAGACCAUACUCCUAUGUUAUUAACACUAUCAUCUUCAACAUGGACUGGUAGAGUGCCUUUCAGAUUUUUCAACAUAUGGGCAACACAUGAAGAUUUCUCUCAAAUAGUGGCUAGCAUAUGGAAUUCUUAUAGUACACAGGGUACUUUGAAAUUAGUUUGGACAAGUUUGAAAGACCUAAAACCUGCUUUGAAAGCUUUAAACUCUAGGAAAUUCAUGGGCAUCACUUAG